CAUUGAAAUGUUUUUUUCAAGAAACAUGUGAACAGAUACUCGUUUUACCACUGGAACAUAAAAUAUGUACUCGACCGGUACUGGUUUUUACAAUGGAAAACACUGUUAGGUCUUAGGUCACAUUAUUACAUUUAGGUUAUAAAAAAUUAUUUCUGCACUGAUUCUGAUUCUCAAAUAAUAGAAACCACAAUUUUAGAAUUAAUUCAGAAUAUAAUACACAAAAAAAUCAGUUGGAAACAAUUCCAGAUUUACUGAAGAUUUCAAUACCACUUGUUUUGGAAGUACAAAUAUGUUUAAUAUGUAUGUAUACAAAUACAUACCAUGCCCAAUAUUUACUUCCUGUACACAGAAAAUGGACAUCAUUAAAUUCUUUUCCAUAUCAACUAGCAAUCUAAAAAGUGCGAGUCCAGAAAUACUUAAAUCGAAGGGAAAAAAAGUAAGCUCUCAACAAUGGCUUGCAAGACAUUUGUCGGAUCCAUAUGUUGAGAAGGCAAAGAGAAUGAAUUACAGAUGCAGGAGUGCCUUCAAAUUAUUGGAAAUAAAUGAAAGGUUCAAUAUUCUUCAACCUGGCAAUGUUGUUCUUGAUAUCGGUGCAGCUCCAGGAUCUUGGACACAAGUAUUGGUAGAAAAAGUACACUCAAAAAAUACUGAUCAGAAAUCUCCUACAGGCAUAGUAAUCGCUGUUGACAAGAGUCAAAUAUAUCCAAUUGAGGGUGCAACCAUUUUGGGAAAUAUGGAUUUCACGCAAAGCAAUGUUCAGGAUACUAUACUAAAUCUUUUGGAUGGUCGAAAGGUUGAUGCAGUUUUAUCUGAUAUGGCGCCGAAUGCAACUGGUGUACAUGCAAUGGACAACGAAAAUAUUGUAAAAUUAUGCUACAGUGUUCUGCGAUUUGCGUUACCAGUAUCCAAACCCAAUGCAACUCUGUUGGUGAAAGCAUGGCAGUGCGAGGAAUUCAAAAAAUUUGAAUCCAAUAUGGCAAGAUUCUACGAAAAAGUUAGAGUGGUGAAGCCAAAUUCCAGUAGAUCUGAUUCUGCUGAAGUUUUUUUGUUAGGAAGAAAUUUUAAGGGUAUAGAAUAGUUGAAAAUGAGAAUGAUCGAAGUGGAUUACUGAAGAAAUCACACUUGAAGAAUGGAAACAUCUGCGGAAUAGCGGAGAACUUCAAGUUGAAUUUGUUAUUCAUUGAUAAAUUUAUUUAAAUUCGAGGAAAAGAAAAACUUGCAGGUCCACAAGAUGUUACCUAAUUGUAGUUGACAGGUUCUCGUGUCAUUGUUAAAGAAUUUUCAUUUUACCAGAUAAUCAGUAAGCUGUUAAAUUAUUUCGAAUGAUUUGUAUAGAAGAUGACUUUUUAUAAUGAUGAAAUCUUUUGAGUGAGAUUUCUGUCAUGUGAGGUUUAAUCUGACCUGUUCUUCAAAGGGACAAUCAUUUUCAGUGGGGUUUCAAAUAUUUAGUUUUGUAAACACUCGGUAAUACAUGUUGUCAAUGGUUA